GGGGCUGUCCCGGGCGGCCGGUCCGUGCCCGCGCCCCGGCUCAUGCCGUUCUUCCUGGACAGCAGCAUGUUCCGCCGCACCAAGAGCUGCCGCACCAGCAACCGCAAGAGCCUGAUCCUGACCAGCACCUCCCCGACGCUGCCGCGGCCGCACUCGCCCCUGCCCGGCCACAUCGGCAGCAGCCCCCUGGACAGUCCCCGCAACUUCUCGCCCAGCACCCCGGCCCACUUCUCCUUCGCCUCCUCCCGCCGGGCCGACGGGCGCCGCUGGUCGCUGGCGUCGCUGCCCUCCUCCGGCUAUGGCACCAACACGCCCAGCUCCACCGUCUCGUCGUCGUGCUCGUCGCAGGAGCGCCUGCACCAGCUGCCGGCGCAGCCGACGCCGGAGGAGCUGCGCUUCCUCUCGCGGCACUUCGGCAGCUCCGAGAGCCUCGCCGAGGACGAGGGGGCCCGCGCCGCCCCCCGGCCCCGCUCCCGCAGCCUCAGCCCCGGGCGCUCGCCCUCCUCCUACGACAACGAGAUCGUCAUGAUGAACCACGUCUACAAGGAGCGCUUCCCCAAGGCGACGGCGCAGAUGGAGGAGCGGCUGGAGGAGUUUGUGCGGGGCUGCGGCCCCGGGGGGCUGCCGCUGGCCGACGGCGCCCUCAGCUUCAUCCAGCACCAGCUGGCCGAGCUGGCCCGCGACUGCCUGGCCAAGGCCCGCCACGGCCUCAUCACCUCCGGCUACUUCUACGAGCUCCAGGAGAACAUGGAGCGGCUGCUGCAGGACGCCUACGAGCGCUCGGAGUCGCAGGAGGUGGCCUUCGUCACCCAGCUGGUGAAGAAGCUGCUCAUCAUCAUCUCCCGCCCGGCCCGGCUCCUCGAGUGCCUGGAGUUCGACCCGGCCGAGUUCUACCAGCUGCUGGCGGCGGCGGAGGGCCAGGCCCGCGCGGGGCUGCUCAAGAGCGACAUCCCCCGCUACAUCAUCGGGCAGCUGGGGCUGGCGCGCGACCCCUUCCCCGACGUGGUGCGGCUGGAGGAGCCCGACAGUGGCGGGUCCAACACACCCGAGACCGAGGAGGGGGCCGAGGGCCGCGGCGCCGCUCCCAGGGCCAAGAAGCCGCCAGGCGAAAGCGACUUUGAAACCAUCAAACUCAUCAGCAACGGGGCCUACGGGGCGGUGUACCUGGUGCGGCACACGGAGACGCGGCAGCGCUUCGCCAUGAAGAAGAUCAACAAGCAGAACCUGCUGCUGCGCAACCAGAUCCAGCAGGCGUUCGUGGAGCGCGACAUCCUCACCUUCGCCGAGAACCCCUUCGUCGUCAGCAUGUUCUGCUCCUUCGAGACCAAGCGCUACCUCUGCAUGGUCAUGGAGUACGUGGAAGGCGGCGACUGCGCCACGCUGCUGAAGCACAUCGGGGCGCUGCCGGUGGAGCUGGCGCGGCUCUACUUCGCCGAGACCGUCCUGGCCCUCGAGUACCUGCACAACUACGGCAUCGUCCACCGCGACCUCAAGCCCGACAACCUGCUCAUCACCUCGCUGGGCCACGUGAAGCUCACGGACUUCGGGCUCUCCAAGAUGGGGCUCAUGAGCCUCACCACCAACCUCUACGAGGGCCACAUGGAGAAGGACGCCCGCGAGUUCCGCGACAAGCAGGUGUGCGGGACCCCCGAGUACAUCGCGCCCGAGGUGAUCCUGCGGCAGGGCUACGGGAAGCCCGUGGACUGGUGGGCCAUGGGCAUCGUCCUCUACGAGUUCCUGGUGGGCUGCGUGCCCUUCUUCGGGGACACCCCCGAGGAGCUCUUCGGGCAGGUCAUCUCCGACGAGAUCCUGUGGCCGGAGGGGGACGAGGCGCUGCCCCCCGACGCCCAGCACCUCAUCUCCUGCCUGCUGCAGCCCGACCCCCUGCUGCGCCUGGGCGCCGGCGGGGCGCAGGAGGUGAAGCUCCACGGCUUCUUCGCGGCGCUCGACUGGACGGGGCUGCUGCGGCAGAAGGCCGAGUUCGUCCCCCACCUCGAGUCCGAGGAGGACACCAGCUACUUCGACACGCGCUCCGACCGCUACCAGCACGUGGCCUCGUACGAGGAGGACGACACGACGGAGGACGAACCCGUGGAGAUCCGGCAGUUCUCCUCCUGCUCGCCCCGCUUCAGCAAGGUGUACAGCAGCCUGGAGCAGCUGGCGCAGCAGGAGCCCAAGGCGGCGGCCAAGGCGCGGGCGCGCGAGGAGCCGGGGCGGCGUGAGCGGGGCUGGCGCACGGCCUCCCCCGAGCUGAAGCGGGGGCCGGGCGCGGAGGCCGCCGGCACCGAGGGCGAUGGCAGCCCCCCCCCGGGCGCCCGCCGCCGCUUCUCGGCGCUGCUGGAGCCGGGGCGCCCCGGGGCCCCCCCCGAGGAGCGGCCGCCGCCCCCCCGCAACGGCGACGCCCCCGACGAGCACGCGGCCGUGCCGGCAGGCGAGCGGGGGCCGCGGGCCGGGGAGGCGCCCGCCCGGGCCGAGCUGGGGCUGCGGCGGCCGCGGCACCCGGCGCUGGCGCCCGAGACGGCGGCGACGGCGACCGACAAGCGCAGCCCCCGCGGCCCCGCCAAGGUCACCAAGUCGGCCUCGGCCACCGCCCUCUCCGUCAUCAUCCCCAGCGGGGACGGGGGGGGCGGCUCGCCCCUGGCGUCGCCCAUGUCGCCGCGGUCGCUGUCGUCGGACCCGUCGUCGCGGGACUCGUCGCCCAGCCGGGACCUGGCGCCCGCCGUGGCCGCCCCCCGGGCGCCCGUGGCCAUCCAGCGCGCCGGCAAGAAGUACGGCUUCACCCUGCGCGCCAUCCGCGUCUACAUGGGCGACAGCGACGUCUACAGCGUCCACCACGUCGUCUGGCACGUGGAGGAGGGGGGGCCGGCGCAUGAGGCCGGCCUGUGCGCGGGCGACCUCAUCACCCACGUCAACGGGGAGCCCGUCCACGGGCUGGUGCACACCGAGGUCGUCGAGCUCAUCCUCAAGAGCGGGACGCGGGUGCUGGUGACGACGACGCCCUUCGAGAACACGUCGAUCCGGGUGGGCCCCGCGCGCCGCGGGCCCUGCACCGCCAAGAUGGCGCGGAGGAACCGCCGCGGCGGCGCCAAGGAGGGGCAGGAGAGGCGGCGCAGCUCGCUGUUCCGGCACCUGGCCCGCCAGGCCUCGCUGCUCCACACCAGCCGCUCGCUGUCCUCGCUCAGCCGCUCGCUCUCGUCCAGCGACAGCCUGCCCGGCUCCCCCACGCACGCCCGCGCCGCCCGCUCCCCCACGCAGCCGCCGCGCGCGCCCGACGCCGCCCUCGGCGCCUCGUCGCCGGGCAGCUCGCCGGGCUCGAGCGCGCCGCCCUCGCCGGCGCCGCCGGGGCCCCACCUGCGGCCCAGCUCGCUGCACGGCCUCUCGCCCAAGCUGCAGCGGCAGUACCGCGCCGCCCGCUGCAAGUCGGCCGGCAGCAUCCCGCUGUCGCCGCUGGCGCACACGCCCUCGCCGCCCGCCGCCUCGCCGCCCGCCCGCGCCGCCCCCGCCUUCCCCGCCAAGCUGCACCCCAAGAGCGCCGAGUCGCCCCGCCUGGGCCGCCGCGCCGCCCCCGAGAAGCCGCCGCCGCCGCCGCUGCCCCGCAAGCACGGCCUCGAGGCGCCCCGCAAGGACUUCCCCGCCGAGCCGCCGCUGCAGAGCCUGCUCGAGUGGGAGGGCGAGAGCCCCGGCGAGGCCCCGCCGCCCGCCGCCCGCCGCCUCGGCCGCCAGGAGCUGCCGCUGCUGCUGGGGGGCCCCGGCGGCGACGGCCCCCCCGGGGCGGGCGAGGAGCCCGAGCGGCCGCCCCGCGGCCCCCCCAAGGCGCUGAGCCCGGUGCAGGAGCACGAGCAGGGCCGGCGGGGCGAGCCCGAGGGGGGGCCCCCGGUGCCGCUGCUGGUGGAGCCCCCCCGCGGCCCCCCGGCCCCCUGAGCCGCCCCCGCCCCCCUCGUCUCCCCGCUGCUGACGCCGUGGCGAUGACGUCACCGGCGGGGCGGGACAGCGGCGAUGUCACGGCGGCAUCACUCGGACGCCGCCGGCUACGGGCAGGGCCAGGGCGCAGCGCUGAUGUCACUCGUGGCGUGGGGAUGAUGUCACUGCUGCGGUGUAACUGGGGGAGGAGCAAUGAUGAGGUCACAGCUCUGACCGGACUGACGUGAAUGAUGACGUCACCGCUACGGCGUCACUGAUGGAGGAGCAAUGGUGAUGUCGCAACUGUGGACUCGCUGGCAGGAGGGGGAUGAUGUCGCACCUAUGAUGUCACUGAUGGGGGAAUGGCGAUGUCACAGCUAUGAUGUCAUUAAUGGAAUGAUGAUGCCACAGC